AUGUGCGGUAACCGGUACAUCCGUUUACCGUUACCACGUAAUUCACGUAGUCAUAAAUUAUUAUUACAAAAAAGUUUUUAUACUGAGGCCAUAGAACGAAUUGCAUUGAAUCGUACAAAAAAUAAUCCAUCACAACAAAGAGCAUUUGAAAGGAAAAUUUAUGACGAACAACAAAAACGAUUACACUUAGCAACUGACAUUGAAAAAAUAGAUCUAAUUCAUUUAUUAAUAAACAUUUUAUCAUAUGAAAAUUCUGAUAUUAGAUCAACAGCACUCAAAUAUAAAGCUAUCGAAGAUGAUUAUUUUCAAGCUAAAGCUAAAUAUGCAGCUACCACUGUUGGUGUAGAACAUAUCUGGCGUGAAUGUUGCCAUCUAUAUAUAGCAGAUUCCAAUCGAUACGCUUCGUAUCCGGGUUUGGCAGCUCAGUAUUUGAUGGACGGAUUUGCACUUGAGCUGUUGGAUGGUGAUGCUGGUAUGAUGUGCAGUAAAUGGAUUAGACAAGUUUUGAUACAGUUAAACGAAAAAUUGAAAUAUCUGACAAAGAAAAAGUCUAUUCGAAUAUUUGUUUUGAGCAUAAUUGGUGUUCAAAGUUCCGGUAAAUCAACCUUAUUAAACACAAUGUUAGGCGUACGAUUACGAGCAAGUACAGGUCAAUGCACUAAAGGAAUAAAUAUUCAGUUAUUGAAAUCAGAAGAAAGAGACGAAUAUGAUUAUGUUCUACUUCUGGAUACUGAAGGACUUCGAGCACCAGAGUGUAAAGAUGUAGAAUAUUCAGAGUGGAAAGAUAAUCGAAUGGCUACAUUUGCUGUUUUACCAGCCGAUGCUACAAUUAUUCUUGUAAACGGUGAACAAGAUGGAGCAUUAAAAGACGUAUUAUCAAUAGUAACGUUAGCAUAUGAACAAUCACAAUUAGCCGAAAAGUCUGGCGGACACCUAGCAUCAAUGAUGCUUUGCACCUUCUUCACUGAUCACGAAACAAAGUUGGAUCAAAUCCAGAAGAAGAAUGAUCAACAAUGUGACAAUAAAUCAAGCUCAAAUACGCACAUGUCUUUAUUUCGAGAUUUUCGUAUACAUGCUGAUAAAUCAAAUGAUGGCGAUAUUCAAUUUUUCGGUAACAUAAAAAAAGACAGUAUACCGCCAGGUGAUACUCCAAACACAGCAUAUAGCACGUCUGUUGUGGAGUUGAGAGAAUAUAUUCAUAAACGUGUUACGUCAUCUGAAAACGGCACAAUGAGAAAAUGGGAAGCACGAACAUUAUCUAAAUUUAUGGAGUUCCUAGAUUGUGUAUGGCAAUGUAUAUUAUCGGCUGAUUUUACAUUCACUUUUGCUUCAGCUAUAGAAAGAAAUGCACAUGAACAAUUAGACGAAAUGUUAUCUAAUGCAAGACACCAACUACGAUCAUUGUACAAUAAUGCAUAUAGUGAAAUUGAACGAAAAAUUGUGACCGAUGCGGAUGCGCAGACCCCAAAAUGUCCACUUACGUCAAUGACAAAUGAACAAUCUAAACGGAGAGAAAGUGAUGUACACAAUAAAAUUGAAAAAUAUUCAAUAGAACUGAAUACACUCGUUUAUGAACAAUUGAAAAAGAUCGAUCAAGGUGUAAUCGUUUCGUUAGAAAAUAAUAAAUGGCAAAAAUGGAGAAUAGAUCGAUUAGCAGAGUGGAAAUCAUUCAAAAACAUGCAAAUUGAUCAUUGGAAAAAUGUCGUUAUCGGUGAAAGAGUUCAUUCUCUCUAUCUUUUUGAUGUUAUUGUCAACACUUAUCAAAGACGCCUUCGUAAUACAAUAAAACAAAUGUUCAGAAAUCAAGAAACGAAUGGACAACAACUAUCUGAAGAAAAUCAAAGUGAAACAUUCGAUCAAUUGUUUCAAGGCAUUUUAGACGAAGCAGAAAGGCACCAUCCAUUAGCGCAAGUACAACAGUCGGUACUAUGGUGCUAUCAACAGGAUACUGCCGGCCGUCGCUGGAAUCUUCAAUUAGAUUAUAUAAAUUCAAAAUUUUUGACUGAUAUUAAAGUUAAUGCAAUUGAACACAUUAAAAGAUUCAUGAUAAAAUGUUUGGGAAAAUCUACACAAUUAGAAAAAGAAUCCGAAUUACUAUACUAUUUACUCCUAGAGACGACUAAACGAUUAACAGAUGCUAAAAUGAAUUAUGAUCCGACUCAAGAAAGAGCACAUAAAUUAGUUUAUAAUCUAUUAGUCAUUGAAUUGACAGAAAUUCAAGAUAAAUGGAAUGUAGCAAAUAAUAUACUUACUCGUUUAAAAUCUGAAAAAAAUACAUUGUGGAAAUUUUUUGUCAAUACAUCUAAAGGGGUGGCUGGUGCUAAAUUAUUG